GUGACAGUUACUGGAAUCUUGUUUUUCUUUUUUAAAUAUUUUGUCAUUGAAGUGUAAUAAUUUUAAUUUUGUUUAUUCCUUUAUUGAAGAAGAUGUACUUUUAAAUGAAUGGAAACUUGUUUAAUUGAUGACAGAAAGAAUUUGGAAUAGUGGUUAAAAUGAUGCAGUGAUAGAAAAGUGAAAGAGAUGUAUUGCUAAACCCCAGGUUACAGCAAAGUUCAGGAAAUUUGAAGAAAGUUUUCAGAAUUGCAGAGAUUAAAAGUUGUCAUUUUUUGAAUGGAUGAAAUAUUCUAAGCUCUCUCCCUGGCAGUGGCUAUGAUAAACAUUGCAUGGAUACAUCUUGAUAAAUAUAUAUGUAUGUCGUUAAGCAAAUGUAGCUGAACACUUCAUCCUGACAAAAAUGUAUUUCAUUUAUAUCAUGAGCAAUUAAUUGUAAUUCAAGGUAUGAUAUGAGAAACAUUUGCAAAAAAGUCUUGCUAUUGACAGAGAAAAAAAACUGUAACACAAAAAAAGGUUUCAUAGACAGUUCAUAAAGUUUACCCAGAGCAGAAAAUAUGAAGUGAGGAAGAUACAAUUAUGAAUGGAUUAUAUGAAAGCUGAAAAUAAAGAUGAUCAUUGCAAGUGUCUGGAGCAUCUGCAUUAUAUGUUCUGUACUGAAGAUAGCAUCACUCUCAGGGACCCGAGUCAUUAAAGAUUACCAAGUUGUCUUUCCCGUUGUUGUUGACAAUAAUGGCAGCUUCAUCUCCCACUGGAACUCAACUCAUAGUUCACAGAAUCAUAAAUUUACCAAAGAUCUUCACCUCAACAUCACAGGCUUCAAUCAAACAUUCCAACUCCAUCUCCAUACCUCGGCCAAUCUUCUGGCCCCAGGCUUCAGGGUCUACUAUCGCCAUGGUAACGGCUCCCAUAGUAACAGUACAGAGGAACACAGCAGUGGCUGUGAAUUCAGGGGAACUCUUCUUUCUCACUCCACGGAGGCAGCAGUAUCCUUGUGUGGGGGAGUGACUGGGAUCUUAAAGACGGCAGAUGAUGAUUACGUUAUUGAGCCAAAUGCUGAGAUGAUGUCGACAGAGAAGACGGAAUCUCCGCAGCCUCACAUCAUGUAUAAAAGAUCCACCAUAGCGCAAAAUACUCCUCAUGUCUACGACAGUCAAACAUAUAAUCCAUAUCAUGAAAAUACUGACCAAUAUUAUAACCCAACGAGAAGGAAACGUCACUCCGCCAAGCGCAUGUCCCAUCACGUUCAGGAAAAGUCUGUGGAGAUAUUAGUCGUCGUAGAUAAAUAUGUAUACUGGAAACAUGGACGACAAAAUGUUACACCUUACGUACUCAGCAUCUUUAACAUAGUCUCUCAGUUGUUUCAGGAUGGCUCCCUUGGUUACAAGGUCAACAUUAUUCUUGUAGGUCUUAUUAUUCUGGACAAUGAAGAGCCAGGGCUGCUCAUUACUCACCAUGCAGAUAAAACUCUCAAUAGUUUCUGUCAGUGGCAGGCAGUGAUUGGAGGUCGUCGUCAUCGGCAACAUGACCAUGCUAUUUUACUGACUGGCCUUGACAUUUGUGCUUACAAGGACUCACCAUGUGAUACUCUAGGAUUUGCUCCAAUCAAAGGAAUGUGUAACAGACUGAGGAGUUGUAUAGUCACAGAGGACACAGGGCUAUCUACAGCAUUCACCAUAGCCCACGAGAUUGGUCACAAUUUUGGAAUGUUUCAUGAUGGAACAAAGAACAACUGCUACCAGAACUCGGGGACCAUCAUGUCCCCGACCCUCAGCUCCAAGACAGGAACCUUUACCUGGUCCACCUGUAGCAGAGAGUACCUGGCCAGAUUCUUCAAUACUUUACAGUCGGAUUGUUUGGGUGAUGAUCCAGUCAGAGUUUCCUCCCUUAGAUUCCCGGACAAACUCCCCGGCCAGAUGUUUGACGCAGAUACUCAGUGUAAAUGGCAGUUUGGAAAACACGCUAGACUCUGCAUGUUUGACUUUGGAAAGAAUGAGGUUUGUCAGAAGUUGUGGUGCUACAAGGGAGGUCAAAUGUGUGAGACUAAAUUUUUACCGGCAGCAGAUGGCACAUCCUGUGGUCAUGGUAUGUGGUGUAAGCAGGGUAAAUGUGAGUCCUUUGGUCGACAAGGUCCAGUUCCUGUAAAUGGAGGCUGGUCAGAGUGGACACAGUGGUCAGCUUGUUCCCAGAGCUGUGGGGGAGGGGUCAAACACAGGUCAAGGACAUGUGAUCACCCAAGGCCACAGUAUGGUGGAAAGGCAUGUCCUAAUGACAAGGAAACACACAAAAUGUGCAACUUACAGGCAUGCCACAGCAGAGAGCGAGAUACAAGAGAGGAACAGUGUCGUGCCCACAAUAGGGUACCAUUCCGGGGUAGAAUGUAUACAUGGACAGCUUACAGACAGAUCCAUGAUGUGAAGGAGCAAUGUAAGCUGUACUGUCAGGCGGAUGGCUAUAACUUUUUCUAUGCUUUGUCCAAACAAGUGAAGGAUGGCACUCCAUGUAAUGAUUACUCCACAGAUAUCUGUGUCCAUGGCAAGUGUCAGCUUGUAGGUUGUGACUAUGUUAUUGGAUCCACUGCCUCUAAAGAUCAGUGUGGUGUCUGUAUGGGAGACAACUCCUCCUGUACUGUAUUUGAAGGCCAGUUCAAGUCACAACCCAGGAGAAACACUUACUUCCCAGUGGUGGUGAUUCCAGGUGGUGCCAGUGGACUCGUUUUCUCAGAAGCAGCCAUAACGCCUAAUUAUCUGGCUGUAAGAGAUAUCUAUGGUAAAUACUUCCUCAAUGGUAACUGGCAGAUGAUGUCUGAGGGAGUGUACAAUAUCGCCGGAACCAGAUUUAUAUACCAGCGCAGCUACAGAGAACCAGAAAAGCUGACAGCUGAGGGGCCCACCACACAGGAUAUUGUUUUAGAGAUUCUGGUUCAAGGAGUAAAUCCAGGUGUUUCCUACAAAUAUACUCUCCCCAAAGCAUCAAGCUAUCCCAUCAUUCACAAUUACACAUGGAGUAUCAAACUCUCAGCCUGUGAUCAGCCUUGUGCAGGAGGUAAGAGAACAUCUACAGCUCAUUGUUACCGUGGUGAUGGAGGAGAAGUGUCACCGAGGUACUGUGAUCCAAAGUCACGACCCAAAACAGGUGUAUCUACCUGUAACGUCCAUCACUGUGCUCCCAGAUGGUACACAGAGGAUUGGAGGCAGUGUUCCAGGCCCUGUGGAGGUGGGGUACAGAGAAGGAAGGUGUACUGUAAGCAGAAGAUUAGCCAAUCAAACGACAGACACGUCAGCAGACGACGGUGUAACAGACAGCAGAAACCAAAAAGAAGGAUUCCCUGUAACACACAGGAAUGUCCACCAGCCUGGUACGGAGGGAAAUGGUCUCAGUGUUCCAAAACUUGUGGUAAGGGACUGAAGACGCGUGUGAUAUCCUGCCGUAGUCGUACGCUGAAGGGCUGGGUGGUUCUGUCGGACAGCUUCUGUCAGCAUAAACCUGCCCUGGUCAGGACCCGAGGCUGUCGAGUCAGGAAAUGUCCGCCCAUUAUAGAACACCAGUGGAUUCUCUCCGCCUGGUCACAGUGUUCAGCAAGUUGUGGUUUAGGUACAAGGGAGCGUAAAAUGAAGUGUGGUGAGAGAAGGAAUGGACAGAAAUGGAACACGGUGAGCCCUAGUCGCUGUAAAUCACUUGUCAGAUCCUACAGGAGUAGGACAGAGGUCUGCAGGCUACAGGAGUGUCCUAAAGGAUCAAGUUCUUACUGGAAUGUGUCUCCAUGGUCACAGUGUUCUACAACCUGUGACCAGGGAAACCAGACAAGACUGGUUCACUGUCUGAACAAGACUACACAGGAGUUGUCUACAGAAUGUAACGAGACAGAGAAACCUAUCUUUACCCGACCCUGUGUCAACCAGCCGUGUCCUAAACUAGAUCCUAACUGUACUGAUAACUUUAAGUGGUGCUACCUUGUUCCUAAACAUAACAUUUGUAACCAUCACUUCUAUGGAAAGAAAUGUUGUAAAUCCUGCAGCAGCAAAAGAUAACGGCAUAGAAUUGACUAGUACAACUUUUUAAUGGUGAUCGUGAGAUAGACUAUCAAAUGGAGUGAGAACUGUUUUUAUGGACUACAAGAAAAGCUGAUUGAACUGAUCUGUGAUAAACUAAUUCAGGUCCAACUCUGGACAACUCUAAGAGUAUGUGUUUUUCCUUGAGCAAAAUCAAAGACAGUGUAUGGAUAUAAAAUGCCGUCUUACAGAUACAUGCACAUGUAUUAUAUACAGAUGGGCAGUAACCCAACAAAAAGCUUGGGCAGCAGAUUUUGAAUCCAGUAAAAAUAUUUAUUGAAAAAAUGGGAUGACUGUCAUACUUUGUAAACCAGAAAUACUCAGUGUAUCACAACAGAAGAUUUAUCUAACAGUUCUGGAGUAGGUGAAAUAUCAUACCUCAAUAUGAUCAAAAUACAGAUCUACCGAUAAUUAUCAGGAAACAUUCAACCCAGGUGCCAUACAUUUAUCAAAGCAAUUUAACAUGACUGUCCCUCCCUCUUUGCUCCAAGUGUCAAAAACAAUUUUUUUCUUGCUUUUACAGUCACAUCUCGUUAUCCUGAACACAGUUAGACAAAGAUUAAAAUGAGUUAUCUGAGCAUUUCAAGAUAAAGAGUCAAAAGCAUAACGAAAAUGCUGGGAUUGCAAACUCACUUCCACAUAUAAUCCCUGUUAUUCAAGGUACUUAGUGUUCAAGAUAAAGUUCAACUGUAUAUGUUGACAUUGAACAGGUUUAUAAAUAUACAUAUUUAUUUAUAUUAGAAUAUUAAUACAAUAUCAGUAUAUGAAUAUACAUGUAACUACAAAAUCUGUCACACAGUAGAACAUGAGGAAAAUCUCCAGAGGCAGUAUCAUUUGUUUCUGUAAUUCAAUCUUAAUUUUGUGCCUGUAUAACUCUUGUUUUAAUAUUAUAUUUUUUUAAAUUACAAAAUGUGAUGUAAUUAGCAGGUACCAGUAUAAUGUGUGUCUUCUAUAGACUUUUUUUGCAAGUAUACAUGUCUUAUAUUUAUUGUAAAUAUGGUGUUUUGAAAGAGAUGUAGUAAAUCUGCAAAUAGUGUCUUUAACUAUUGUGAAGCAAGAAGGUACCAGUACACAAAUACAAUGUGAAAAUAAUGUUUAUCCUUGCAAUUGUACAGUAAUAGUAGGACUUUUCUUUGUACCUUGCAAUAAUGAGCAUGUUUGAUGAAGUUAUCAUUUGAAAUAUUGUACGCAUUUAGCUGCCUAAAAUUAAACCACCGACUUUGCUACCUAUGACUGCAUUGAUUAGCUCCCGGCCUACUGGUGCCCUGAUAUUUGAAGACAGUAUUUAUAAUAUGUACUACACAUGUACAGUUGUAUUGUUAUUUCAGGGAUGAUCAUUUUGGAAAAUAUUUACCUGGUGAGAAAUACUCCAUCUGUUACAGACAAUCUCAUUAAUUAAUAUUAAUAUCAUUUUUAUUCCCUGUAUACAUGUAUUUAAAAAUAUAUUUAUGUAUUGAAAGUUUACACAUUUGCAGGAAUGUAUGUGCAAUAAAUACUUCAAGCACUACUUUUAGGAAAAUUUCUGUUCAGUAUCAGUUUUUUCCAACAAAGAGCUUUAUAUUGUAUUUAAAAUAAAGUCUGAGAAAGUGGACUUGUUUGAGAGAGUCAAUGGGCAUUAUUUAUUGCAGAAUUUAAUUAUUAUCAAGAAUAAAAAAAUUAUACUGCAGUCAAUGGUUAUGACUGCGUGAUCCAUACAUUUACAUAUAUAUAAGGCCCUUUAUGCGAAUAUUUCCCAUGUAUGUAAUCUAGCCAUUAGUUGUGUGUCCAAAUGCCCCUCUCACCACCAAAAGUACCACAGCAUCAUUUAUUAUACUAAUCUACUGGGUACUUGCAAUCAGUUCUAACUCUGUGCUUGAUGUGUUGAAUAUUUACGUAGUUUAACUAUUUUCAUUCUGAAUGGCAGAGACUAAAAAUUUUUCUCAAUUUUUUAUCAAUAAUUUUUUUUUCAAUAGUUCCAAAAUAAAUUUUGACAAAUUAAACCAUUUCACUAAAUUGUUUGUGUGUAAUUGUAAAACUCCUAACCUGAUGAUAAGCAAUUUAUGCUCUGCUCUCAGGUGACCAUCACUUCAUUCAGGUAAAUUAUCAAAGAUUUGGUGGUUAACCAGGGAAAAUCAUGGUGAAAGUGACCCGCAAUUUUGUGACAUUUCCACACUUUUUUUUAAAUUUGGAUUAUUUGAGCUCUUGUAAAUGAUGUAGUGUAUGUGAUGUGCUAAUUGAAUAAUACACUGUACAGCAGUCUAUAUGUGUUAAUAAGUUUGAAUUCACAUUUGACACUUCCUUUUAUAAUCAUAAAUGAAUACUUGGUAUAUGAUUAUGAUUCUGUUGUGUUUAUGUUUGUGGUUUUAAUAGUUGCACAACAAUUUCAUUUCAGUUUGUGUACUUUCAUACUUUUAUAUAAAAUUAAACUUGAAGUUAGAAACUUAA